UCUCACACAUGUAGACAAUAAUUACAUUUUCUUUGCUUAAGCAUCUGUCAUCAUAUAUCAUUUUUUCUGUUACUUCUACUCUAAAUGAACUUUUAUCAAUGUAAAUAGCUACUUUUUCUUAAAUUGGCCAAAAAAAUUCUGAUAAUACUCAAAACAUUUGUUAGAAAACACGUUCACCGUUUCAUACCGUCAUUCCAUCAAUUCUAGUGAAUAACAAGGACAAAAUAUAUCUAAACGUGUUUUUGGGAUAUGUUGAUGCAUUCGGAAUGGAUGUAAAUAAUCUAUAAAUACUGGUAUCAAAUGAUAUAUUUCAUAAAAUUUGUUUUUGUACAUAUUCAUUAAGGUAAUUUCAAGUUUGGUUCAUCGCCGUGUAUGUUUUAGUGAUUAAUGAAAAUAUUUUACGAGCUUUUCAUUCUAUUGGAAUCAUCUUAUAAUGCUAGUUAAAUCUGCUUUGGUGUUCAUAUUAAUAAUAAGUGUCGUACUGACUUAUGUGCUGUGGUUUACCAACACUAUUGAUGACUUAAUUCUAUCGAAUAUGGUACUCGUCAAUAAUACUAACGGUUUCGAUAUGUGGAAGGAUCCAAAUUGUAAAGUUCUGUAUAAAGUGCACAUCUUCAAUUAUACAAACAUUGAUGAUUACAGAAACAAAAAAGCAAAAAAAUUACAUGUGGAAGAUAUCGGACCCUACACGUAUGAAGAAAACCUAACAAGAAUCGAUGUAUCCUUUGGAGAAAAUAAUAAGUUGUCAUACAGAGAAAAGAGAAUACUCACUUUCAAGCCGGAUCUAUCAAAAGGACUUGAAAAUGAUUCUGUACAGGUUCCUAAUAUACCAUUAAUAAGUGCGGGACCGUUCAUCAAAGAUCAAAACUAUUUGAUUCGUCUAGCUUUAUCCUCUCUCCUAAGGGGAAUAAACGAAGAACCUUUUAUCACUAAAACAGUGGGUUCCUUCCUAACUGGCUAUAGAAGCAGUAUAACUGAUGUGGGUAAAACUUUCAUAUUACCCGACAUACCACAAAAAACUGGUAUCUUAGUUACGAGGAUGGAUGCAACAAGAUAUAAACUGACUGUAAAUACUGGCGAGAAAGAUAUAAACAGACUUGGAAUAUUGGAAGAAUUCAAUGGUGAAAAUCAGUUCCAUUCUCCUUAUAAUCAGAAUUGUUCCAGUGUGGAGAGUUCAACGGGCUCAUUUUACCCAAUUAAUAGAGUGAAACUGAAAUUGCCUCUUAAUUAUAUAUUCCCAGAAGCGUGCAGAAGGAUGCCACUCGUUUUUUCAAAGGAAACGACCGUUUUGGACGGAGUGUUAGCUUAUCAGUACAUAUCUCCAAGCGAUAAAUUGAAUUACUCUUCGAAUCAUACUGAAAACCUUUGUUAUUGCAAGUCAAAUCCAACGCAGUGCCCUCCAAAUGGUGUGGUCGAUAUAAGUAUGUGUAAUUUUGGUUCUCCUGUAUUUCUUUCUGCUCCACAUUUUCAUAGAGGUGAUCCUAGUUUAACGGAGAAAUUUGAAGGUUUGCAUCCCGAAAGAACAACGUACGAUUCAAUUUUCAAUAUACAUCCCAGAUUGGGAUUUAUAAUGACCAUUAGAGAGCUAUAUCAACUCAAUAUACAAGUUCAAAAGUCUGAGGGUUUAUCUCAAUACGAUAUGUUCGAGGGCGGUAUGAUAUUACCAAUCGUCUGGGCCGAAGCUAUCAUUGAUGAUGAAACAACAACUCCUGAAAUCAAGCGACUUAUACAUUUAUUAAGUUUCACUGUACCUUUGAUUGAACAAUUGCUGAAGUACGGAUGUCUCCUGUCAGUCAUUGUGUGCUUAGGCUGCUUCAUAGCUACCACGAUAAAAGAUAAUAGUUCAAAGAAGGCUCUCUCAUAUAGACUUAUGUUAAUUGGUAACAAAUAUACAAAAACUAAUUGUUAGUUUAAAAAAUAAAACAAUUUUAACACUUAA